UACCUAUAAGCAUGUAUGUAUUUGCCUUGUGACAUCAUUCUAAGCCUUGCAUCGCUUUCCUUUUUUACUUGCAGCUCACGAAAACGUCCACAGCCAUACACACACGACUGCUUCAGCGGACAGUGCGGCGACAAAGAGGAAAUGGAGGAGUGUCAAGCAGCGAUGAUUUUAAUGAAACUCUCCCAUUCGCCCAAAAAUGCAGAGAAAUGGUACGGCUCCAGUCCGGGCAGUUCGUCGUCAUCGGGCAGCUCGUGGAGUUCGGGCAGCUCAUCUCCGCCGCUCAGCGACGAUGGCCAUGCCGGCCUCAACACGAGCGCCAUGCUCAACGAUCCGAGCACACGCAUACGCACAACAUCAGUAUCCACCUCGGACGAGGGCAUCGUCGUAGACUUCAAGGAGGAGGCGCCACGCAAAAAGAGGGUAAGUCCCUUAGAAGUCAGUACAGAAGUUCAGCAAAUAGGAUCUCAAUUUAACACAAACAAAUCCAAAUUCAGAUGUACCUGGAAAGGCUGCAAACACAUAGAACACACACCGAAAAAGAUAGAGCGACACAUACGUAAUGUUCAUUUAGGUAACAAAAAAGCACGUCGUUCUGCUGAUUAUGAUGAGUCAUGUAGCGAAAAUGACCAUGAGGAAGAGUUUUAUUAUACAGAAAUCGAAGAUGAAGAGGAGGAUUGUAAAACACCGAGCCCUACAUCGCCACCCACUCUAAGCCACCGUGAUAUGGCUCGCCCACCACACGAAGACCCAGAAUACCAAAGAAAAAUAGUGGGCAAUUUCAAGCAAGGACGUGUCAAUCAACAACAACAGUUGCAACAAAAUCAGGGUCAACAUAUAAAUAACAGUAAGACGGUAUUCCAUGGUGGCACUUAUUUUGCUACCAACAACAGCCACACCAAUCAGCAAAUGCAGAGCAAGUGCGUGUCGACUUCACCUCAAAAUCAUCACAACUAUUGGCAGUCGUCAUCAGUACCGGUAGUACAAUCAGCACAAACCGCCAUCACAUCGGUUACAUCUAACUCAAGUCAGCAAGUUCAUCAGAAUCAACAACCGCAGCCGCAGCAGCAGUCUCAAUUUGUUAAACACGCUCGAUCAUCGCCACGUCCGUCCCAGUCGACAGCGCCAUAUCCAUCUCCAACGUACCAUCACAAUUAUAGCAGCAGUCCGAAUACUUGCAUCAGUAGUAACAGCCAUGGCAAUGUCAUCAGUAAUUCAUGCAAUAGCCAAAGCAGUUCCAUCACACCCAAUAAUAGUGGUGCCAGCAAUAUGCUACAACAGUUGUCCCACCAAAAUAUUACGGUGACGGCACAUCACACUGGUGCUCAUCACAAUCAGCCGCAACCACAGCAACAACUACCGGCUGUAACUAUUACGCCAAAUUAUACAAAUCAACAACCGCAACACCAGCAGCAGCAGCAAAUACAACACAUGCAUGGUCACCAACAGUCGACGCAAUCCAGCGCAGCUGGAACUAUCGUGACAAUCUCCACAGCACAAGUUCACCAACAAUCACAACUACAGCAGACAUCUCAUCAUCAUCAUCAACAACAUCAUUCACAACAUACAACCGUUGCCACGACAACCAAACACACACCGAACUCACCAAAUAGACGCACACGAGGCGAGAAUAAGAAAUGUCGCAAAGUAUACGGUAUGGAACGUCGUGAACUAUGGUGCACUCAAUGCAGGUGGAAGAAAGCAUGUACCCGAUUCGGUGACUGAAAAAGGGUCAAAACGUCGGCGGCGGCGGCGGAAACGACGACGACGGCGACCGCUGUAACAACAGCGAAAAUGAUUUCGACAAGGACCACAACGACAGAACUGGCAGCAGGGGCGAAAUCGAAAUCACAAAUGCAUACAAUUGACACUGGCAAUACAGUCACGGUAACGCCAACUUAUGCGAAGUACAAGCGAACAAGCAACAAUUACAAUAACAAUAAUAUUGGCCAUAACAGCAACAAACACAAAUAUUUGGCAGCUUCCGCACCAGCAACUGCCGUGGCUACCUCCGUCAUUGUGAAGCCACCAAAUAACUUAAGAAAAAUCACUGCUAGCAAUAAUAACCACCAGAACACUGCCAAUGGCAGCAACAUAGACCAAACGUCGAUGACUAGCAAACAUAAUAACUAUGGUACAAACACGGACGCUGAUGCACAUCUACAACAGCAACAAAUCCAAGUUGUUACAACUGCCAAUAACAGCAACAGCACUAAUAACAAUCACUUGCUGACCACUGCUGCCUCAAAUACUGAACUCGACAUUUGUAUGCGAACGUCGCUGCCAUCACAAUACUUUCCUUAAGCACCAACGCCACACACCACAUACACUACAGGAGUUAGCAAGAGUAGGGCUGAGCCCCACUUUAGGACGGCAUUAUCUAUGGCUGGCCGCGAAGACAAGUAUGAAGACGUUAUGAAAGCCGUAAUAAUCAUAACACUAAAUAAUUUUUCGGCUAUGUUUUUGACAUUUGCUGCAAUUUUUAUCGUACAUUAUUUUUAUUUUUUUUUAUUAUGUAUUUAAGAAAUGACUUACAAUAUUUUUUUGCUUUUUUGUUAUUGUUUAUAUUUUGUUGUCUUUACUUAUGUAUUUGAUUGAUGAUUAUUUAGAUCAGCCUCCAACGGCAAUUUUACACUUUAAAUUAAUUAUAUAAAAUUAGAAAAAUUUUUCUUUACUUUUAAUUAUGUAUGUAGGUAUGUGUAUACAUGUAAACAUGUAUAACAUGCAUGCAUACGUAUAGAUAUAUAUACAUAUAUAGAUACAUAUAUAUAUAACGGUACAUAUAGUAUUAAGAAUUUCAACCUUGCGCGACUCUACCAUUAUCCACACAUCAACUAGAGACCUAGUAGAUGCAUACACAGUUGGAAAUGAAAUAUUAUCUACAUCGUACUCGUACAUAUGUAAAGUUACAAUGAAGUUGAAUAAACAAUUUAAAUAGAUGUGAAAGUAAUUGCUUUUAAAUUUACAAACAAAACACGUGUAUAUGUUAAUUAUGUUAUACAUAUACAUGCAUAUACAUAUAUACAUAAAGAUAUAUACAGACAAUGUUAAUAGACAAACGAAACAGCUAUCAUAUGUGUGUGUAUGUUGCAUAAGUACAUAGAUAGAUAAUUAAGUAUUACAUUAAACGUAAUCAUAACAAUGGUAAUGUUUAACUUCAUUUAAAUAGCAAAAUGUUAAAAUAAGACAAAAUAAAUAUUGAGAAACGAAACCAACCAACUCAAAACUUAUCUUUAAGUUAGCUGUAAAAUAUUUAUGCCCACAUACACACAAGUUUAUGAAAAUGAAGUAAACGUAGGCAAGUAGUACCCAAACCAACUUACUUCGAUUACUACCGUAAACUCUAAAAGAUUUUCACAUUUAAAUUUCAAAAUCAUACUGACACAGCUUUCACUCAUCACGGCCAAUUAUAAAAACAAUAUGUACAUUUGUUUCAAAUGUUGAACAUUUGCAUAAAUAGCAUACAUACAUAUUAUACCAUGGACUCAAGCGAAAUAAAGCAAUUUAGUUAUUCGUAAUACAAGACUAUUUUCGAUUAUACUAAAUUCGUAACUAUAUUUAAAUACCAAUUGUAAUGUUAUGUAAUAUUUCUUAAUUUUUGCACUGGAAUCUUAUGGAGCGUAGAGAUUAUAUACAAAUUCACCCAUUAAACUAUGUAACAACUUGUUUGACAUCCUUUCGGCAGAACACAAAUUAUUUUAGAGAGUGAUGAACAGUAGUUAUAUGCAGAUAUGACAUUUAUGGUAAAUAUGUAUGUAUAGUUGUACGUAUGCAUAUGACUGUAGGUAGUGAUACCAAAAUCCCAUUAAUUUUAUCCAAAUAAGAAACGAAAAAUAUUUGGAUUUCAAUAAUAUAAUCAAAGUAAAAUUUUGUUUUUGCAAACGUUUUUCGUAAAGCUCUUCAAAAAGACAGUUCAAUAAAUAACGCAAACCAAUUAUGAUAAAGUAGAACUCUCGCAAGAUCAUGAAAUUAAAAGAAGUGUUCAAAUUAAUGUAAUCUAUAGAUAUCUAAAUUUAAAGAAAUUUAUAAUUAUUAUAUAUUUUAUUUGAAUUAUACACAUUUCGUUCAUCGGAUUAUUAAUAUUUUUGUACCUAAAUUUAUGUACACGGUAGAAUGUAGCACCUGUAUAAAACUACUAUUAUGAAUUUCAUUGACGACUAAAUUACACAAUUAAAAUAACUGUAAAAAUUCGAGGGCUGCCUUGCUGCAAUAAAAUUGUUACUAAGGGUUGUUAUGUUAUGAAGCUGCAUUCACUUCAAAUUACUUGUCCUAUAUGUACAUAUACUUACAUGUAUAUAAUCAUGUUUGUAGUUUUUCUCAAAUCUUUUAAAAUUUUUGUUAAAAUUCGGUCUUUACGAUUUUCUACUAAUUGAAGUAUACAAAUGCAUAGCAUAUUUACUGCUUUGUACAUGCAUAUGUGAUUUGCAAUGAUCUUAUUUAGAGAAACACACUAGACUUACCUUGGGAAUGCCAACGCACUAUCUCAAAGUGUUUCCCCAUCUAUAUCUCCGUAAACGUGAUUUGAAUGAAAUUCGUGAUAGUGGCCAUUGUAUAUACAUACAUAUAUAAAUUUUGUUUUUUAUUAGAGAAACUAACAUUUCUUUCGAUUAUAUUUCAUAAGAGAAACAUUAAAACUAAGUACGGACAAGUAUCAAUCUUGAAAAAUAUACUGACAUUCUAAAACAAUGAUUUGUAUUAGCACUUUUCUAAACAUGUGUAUGUACACUGGCUAAUGUAUGCCAAGAUUGUGCUGUAAAUUAAUUUAUCUACUUUCACAUCUUCCCCUGCUAAUCAAUGACUUUCAAACACUUGUACACAUUUCUAUAUGUUAAUGAUUUAUUAUUAUUUUUUUUUUGGCAAUUACAAUAAAUAAUAAUUUUUAAGUGAUAUUUUUACAAGUUUUCGCUGAACUAGUAUGUAUUAGUAUAAGCAGUUAUGAAUAAAAAUACGUUUAGCCAGCAGUAGCAGCAACAACAACCAGAACACUAAAUUCAGCAAGAAGAAGAUUAAGUUGAUUGCGAAAGUAAAUUUAUGGAAAAAAUAAUAAUAGAGAAGCGUAAGCCACUCACUCACUCACUUGCAUGAAAUCACGCCCAACUUCCCCCUUGUAUGUACAUACGUGGGUACAUGCAUACAUACAUAAGUAUGUGCAUGAAGUUUAUUGAAACUAUAAAUACAAAACAUACAUUUUAAACUUUAAUAAACAAUUGUUAUUUAUAAUUAAAGAUAAAAGCCCAAAAACUAAACCUUGUUUAUUUUAUUUUGAAACUGUUUUCUUGUUUAGUAAAAUUUUGAAAUGUUUAUUAUUUGGAAAAUUGAUUCUCAGAAACCUCAUAAUAGAUGUAAGAGAAUAGCUAUAUUAUCAAAAUUAGUUUCCAUGAUGAUGGUUUAAAACUUUUCUCCCAAAGUGUGGAUUUUAUGACCAUAUUUUUAAAAUUAAUACUGUUGAGUCAGCGUAAGGCGGGUGUGGGAGCAUUCUAAGGUGCGAACAAGCAUAUUUCAUGGGUUCAGGUAAUAAAAAUAGAACAAAAACAAGUACAAAUGAUAUUCUCCUAUAUUCACGAAGGCAUACAUAUAGACAGUUUUGUUGAUAUUGAGGUAAAGGGCGCACUUUAUGGAUGCUCCUAAAAGUAUGCAACUAUCGAAUCUAAAAGUAUGUAAAGUAGUGCUGCCAACUCAGAUAUUUUCUUUAGUGAAUAUCUAAAAUACUUAUUUGUUGACUAUGUAUUUCACAAUUUUGCAUUGUUUAUCAUAUAUUGUUUAUAAAUUUUUGUUAAUGAUUCUUUUUUUGAUUUUUUGUAAUACAAAUUAAAAAAGGUUAUAAGGUCAGCUGAAAACUUUGUGAAAGCUAUUUAAAUGACGCGAAAAUAAGUAAAACACAACACCAAAUUAUAAAUAAUGUGCAUAUUUCACAACCAACAACAAUUCGACAUUCAUGCAUAAGUACAUACAAAAUGACAUAAAAGUACGUACACAUAAAAUUUACAAUUGCUAAGUAAAGUUAGUAGUACCUUUCGUUUUUAGAUUUACUCUCAAGUAUAAUCGGCGAUAGACUUACGAUAUAAGUUAACAACCAAUCUAGUAUUUACUUAAGUAUGUAUGCACAUACACGUUAAAUACGUAAGUACUGUAUUCAUUAAAUUGCAAUAAACAAAUGUAAAACAGUUAAGUAUGUUUAUAUUUAGCGGUAAAUAAUUACAAACUCGUAUAUAGCUUUCAAUAUUUAAUAACUGUGUAAUUUCAAUUUACGAAUCGGCGGAAUCGAAAUUAUUUACAACCUUAAAAAUAACAUAAUGAUUUAAAUAUCGAGAAAAAGCAUAAAAAACUUUAACACUGCCAAUCAUUAACGCGAUUUCUAAAAUUCAUUCGCUUCUAAACUAAGUGUUAUUUAUUGCUCGCUUACUUACACAUACAAAAUCAUCAGUCUUUUGUCAAAUUCACACAUGCACUUAUACAAAUUUAUAAUUUUAUAAACUCACUUUUAAAGUAACAGUUUUUCAAGUAUUCGCCAGGAGCUGGAUUGUAUAUAUUUUUAGUUUAUUAUGGCCCGUCAAAAUUUGGAGUGGAAACAUCUUGUAUUGAGAAUAACUAUCGUUACAUAUACCAUAUUAAUAUGUAUGUAUAUGUACAUUUCAACAUUCUGGAAGCUACUAGAGGACAACUACUUUUUUGUUCGCUGAAAUAUACAUUUCCUAUUUUUUACUCCUAUUUUCGAAAAAAAUAGUUUUUGAAUUUAAAUAUUAAACUGGAAAUCAACAAUUUUUUCUGUAUUUUUCAGCCCUUCCAUGUUAUUCAUAUGCUUCAUAUGAAAAUUCAUGUUCAUAACUUGAAAAUUUAAUUUUUAAAGUAAAUAAUAAAUAAUUACAAACUUUUCGAAAAAUUAUUAAUAACUGUACACUCUUCUCUAAAUUUUAGCAAUAUCUAUAAGGGUAAUCACUUCGGUAGAAGAUUCUUGUUCUGCGUAUUCGAAAUAGCCCGACAGUGAAUAUAAAAUACUUGAGAAAAUUUUCGAAAAUCUCAAUCGCCUUAUUGAAAAAGUUCAUUACUAUAUUUUGCUAAAUAUUUCGACAAUCUUUUUUCGGAUGCCCAGUUUCAAACGGUGUUUGACGGGGCAUUUUCACCUUGCUUUUCUUUAUUUUAAUUAAUAUUAUUAUUUUUUAAUUUAAGAUUAUAUUAACCAUUUAAUUUUAAGAAAUCAUACUUAAAACAAAAACAAAAAAUAUUUAUUCUAAAGCAAUACAUGUAGACUACCAAUCGGCAACUAAAAACUGAACAAUCAUGCAUUAAGACCGCUACCCGGGCGCCAUCAAUCGUUUACAUCGACCAAAACAUACACGCAUAGAACAUAAAAUCAACCCUAACCCUAAAACUAAUGUUAUUCACUUUUUAUAGUAUGUACUUGAGUAUGUACUCAUUUCGAAAGGAAAAUUAAACGACUGAUUUAUUGAAUUAAUAAACAAAAAAACUAAAGAAGUAAAUGGAAAAUUCUUUGUUUUGAGUAAAUUAUGAAAGAAAAACAUUUUUUAAUUUUUAGUUGAGAAAUCGAAAUUUUUUACCGUAAUUAAUGUAAACAUCCCAACUGAACCGAACAACUCAUUACUGAAAAGUAAACAAAUUAAUAUCUUAAAAAUCAAAAAUUAGUAUUAAAUAUUUUCUACUUGAUAUUGAUUUUCAAGGAAUUUAGAAUUAUUUAUAAGAUGUUGUUGAGAUCGAUUUAUUAAAAAUUUUCGUACAAACGUGCUCGUACAUAAAAAGUGACUAUAUACACAAAUACUUACAUGCAAACACCCAUCAAUGUGCGAAUUGAAAGUCCAAUUAAUGUAUACAUAUAUAUAUAUGUAGACUUAAAAUUAUACUAUAUUGCAUAAUAAUUACGUCAUUCCCUUAACCCCUCUCCUUAACCAAUAACAAAAAAUUAUAAUAAUUGUUCAAACAAUUUUUAAAAAUGUACUGAAGUUAGCACUAAAGAUUAUAUGUAAACCAGCACACAUUCGGAUAUAUUGUUAAGAAGUUAGCACAUAUACUUAAACGUAAAGUAGAAGCUCGAUAAAUCGAAUUAUAAUUUAAUAUGUACUAAGUUGGUUCGGCAACAAUUGCGAUUACACAUAACCUACUUUGCAAUGUGAAGACGCAUCCAAGACUUUAUGCUAGAAAUAUUGGCAGUUGGAUACACAAGCGUAUACUAAUUAAUUCAUUUGUAUAUGGACACGCAUUUGUAUGCGAUUGCUACUUUUUACAAAGGUUUAAAAAUAUUUCUAAAAAAAAUAUUGCUAUUAAUACCCUGAAGGUAUUUGUAAUAUAUACAGGACGUUCUAGAAUUAUCGAAACUACUAAGAUUGGGAGGAUUGAAAAGUUGAAGUUUUUUAGAGAAAAAUAACUCUCUUACCAUAAUUUGACUUUAUUAUUCAUUAUAGUAGCCACUCGAUCUUCCAACUAUUCGACUCACUUUUUUAAUACAAGAUUUGUCAGCUUCGAAAUAGGACUCAUUCUCGGUACUUACCUCUAUAUUGUUCCUCAAUUUUCUUCCAGCAAGCAUUUUUGGAGUUCUGAGGAGUUCUGAUAUAUCUAUCGUAUUCUCUUGAUAUCUUUAGAAUGCAAGCUACCUCGAUUUACUAAAUUUUACUGUCAUCCUUUAUCCUGUUUUCUAUUUAUUAAAUGUUUUCCUCGAAGACAGGUUCUUAAGUCAGCUUCAUCGAAGUUCAUAUGGCACGUGGUUGUACAGUUCUCUCAAAUGAUAUAAACAACCAAGUACACAUUUAUCAAUUCUGAUCAAAAAUAACAAAAGUCGAUGCUUUAGAACGUCCUAUAUGCAUACAUAUUUAAGUUAGUACUUACAUACUUUGCGUAAAACUAAAGAAAUUUGUCAGCAUUAGUGACUUUUUACGUUAAUCCCGCAACUGAAGCAAAUAAACGAUAUAGAAUAUAUGUAUAUGUAUGUGUGUAAUUUAUAUACACUAGUUAUCAAAUUAGUGACUUUUAAACGUUAUAACAAAUUCGACUGACGAAUACAAAUCAAUUGAUGGAAAUAUCUCUAUAAGUAACCAAUUAAAUUAAGUAUUUUAAAUAUUGGACUGAAAUGCGAAAUUAUUGAUAAAUAAAAUUAAAAUUGAAAACAAAUAUUUUUUUGGCGUAUUCGGCACUAUAUAUUCAAACGUUUUUACAAAUUACAUUUAAUACAAAAGAUCACACUUUUUGUGUUUGAUUUAAUAAAUUUUAAUGACUUACUGAACUUGAUUGUGUUACGUAAACAUUAUUAUUAAUUAAGUUGUGUAUCUGACCCGGCAACGCGUUAUUAAACUUAAGUUAUUAUUAUAGGAAUAAAAUUGGCAAUUCUAGUGGUUGUACGCGCAUUUCAUUGCAGCAAAUCGAGUCUUUAGAUACACCCAUUUUAAAAAUCCGCCUGACGAACAUUUUGGUUUGCUCCAACGCCGUUACUCCUUUUAGACGCAAGCAACUUGCCACAAAUAACCGAAUAACCAUUGCACAUAAUUGAAAAUAAGUUGUAAACUGCAAAGUGGCAUAUAACAAACAGAAAUAGUUGUGUAAGCAUAAGAACAUAUGUAUGAAUAACUGUGGCAGGUUACAAAUUAUUGAAACAGCAAGAAAAAACAUUAACAGAUACAUGUAUGCACAACCGAAUAUGUAUAUACACACGUGCAUGUUUACGAGUGUUCGUGUGUGUGUAUGCCAGAAUUUCCUAAAAGUACAGUUAAACUAUUCGAUAUCCUACAAAUUGUAAAAUAUAAAAUAUUGUCAUUUGUUUUAAGGCGCAAAAGUAAGGUUCUUAAAUAAAUACAUUUAAUACGCAUACAUACAUACAUAUUGUAAAAGUACAUAUUAUAAAAGAAAAACCUUUAAAAAUAUGACAUAAUGCGUAAAUAAAGUACAUAUGAAUUACUGAUGGUUGUUUGAA